AUGGAAGAUAUAGAAAAAGCCAAACAAUUCCCACAACAGACCCCUGCCACAGAAACCCCUGAUUCGGCUUAUCUUGAAAAGGAUCAAGGAUACUUCGAUGCAAACCAGAAGCCUGAUUUGUAUGCACAGGGCUAUGGGCAGACCGUCGACAAAACUAAUACUAACACCGGGCGUGAGACCCUCCUCGGAGAUGAAACAUAUCCAGAAGGAGGGCUAGAGGCAUGGAUUGUCGUCUUUGGAUCAUGGUGUGGUCUUCUUGCCUCGUUAGGGCUGAUGAACAGCAUUGCAACACUCCAGACGUACGUUGCGACGCACCAGCUCUCUAACUACGACGAGGGUAUCGUUGGAUGGAUUUUUUCUUUGUAUACAGCAUUGUGUUUUCUCUGCGGCGUGUAUAUCGGACCGCUUUUUGAUAAAUACGGACCCAGAUGGUUAGUUGGGCCAGGUGGUAUAAUCGUUGUCGCAAGUGUUAUGCUGCUGAGCAUCUGUACAGAAUAUUGGCAUUUUAUGCUUUGCUGGGGCAUCCUUAAUGGAAUAGCGACAUCAUUUCUAUUCACUCCGUGUCUCACAGCCAUUGGUCACUUUUUCCAUGAGCGCCGUGGGUUCGCCUCCGGGCUCGCAAGUACGGGCGGUGGACUAGGCGGCGUAAUUUUCCCAUUAAUAAUGCAAAGUCUCUUCGACAGGGUGGGAUGGGGAUGGACAAUCCGCAUCCUAGGUUUUAUUUGCCUUUUCCUACUUACUUUUGCCGGUCUCUUAGUUAAGAGACGGUUGCCUCCGGCUCACAACGCAAGCCCGCAUCCGGACUUUCGCAUUCUAAAGGAAAAGUCAUUUUUACUCCUUACCAUCGGCGUUUUCUUCCUGGAGUUCGGGCUUCUUAUCCCGCUCGCCUACAUCUCGAGUUACGCACUCGCGAACGGCUUUAGUGAAAGCUUUUCAUUCCAGAUUUUGCCUAUUCUCAAUGCGGCGUCGGUGUUUGGACGUGCAUUGCCCGGUUGGUGGGCGGAUAAAAUCGGUGCCUUCAACACGAAUAUGAUCUCCCUUUGCGCCACAAUAUUCGCGUGUUAUGUUGUGUGGUUGCCGUUCGGCCACACGACUCCUGGGCUCGUCAUAUUUGCCGUCAUGUUUGGGUUUUCGACGGGCAACAACAUCAGCAUUACUCCAGUCUGCGUGGGAAAAUUAUGCCAAACGCAGAACUACGGUAGAUAUUAUGCUACCUGUUACACUAUUGUUUCUAUUGCAGUCCUACUCGGCCUUCCUAUUGCAGGUUCCAUCGUCAAGGCCGCUGAUGGUAACUACUGGGGUCUUAUCGUGUUUACAGGGCUUACCCAGGUUAUUUCUGUCGUCGCUAUGUACGCGGCCAGGGCGGAGAAAGUGGGAUGGUCACUUUGGGCUAACUUCUAG